AUGUGUGGCUGUACAUCAAGCAAGGGGAACACAGAUUCAUAUCCUGUAAAUCAACCAGGGAAUGAUUCCUCAACCAAAGGGACAAAAGUACCUCCAGCAAAAAUGUCCAAACGUAUUCCAAUAGCAAAGCAGCUGGCUUCUAUAAAAGCUCUAAGCAAAGGCACUGAUCUUGAGAAGGCUGUUGCAACAGCAGCCUUGGUUUACGAUAAUGCAGCAGACACGAAUGGGAAGCUCAGCAAAUCUGAUGCUAAAAAUCUGCUACAAACUCAGUUUAUGCAUUUCAUGCAGGGCCAAGAAACAAAACCAAAAUACCAGGAAAUAAUUUCUGCUCUGGACGAGAACAAGAAUGACCAACUUGACUUUGAAGAUUUCAUGGUUCAGCUGCUUAGCCUCACCCUGAUGUCUGACCUCUGGAAAGAGAUCCAAAAUGUGAAAAAAACUAAGUGA